AUGUCAACUAUACGAGUUCGUUGUUUAUUACAACAAUGUACGAAAGCUACAUUACGUCUUCAAGAUGAAUUAGAAGUUACUGUAACAAAAGAUAGUGCUACAGUCAAGCUAUGUGAAAGUGACGAUGGAUUAAAAACAAUUGUUGAUCUACCUGGCGAUCUUUUAAUCAUUCCACAAGCAACAUUAGGUGGUCGUCUUAAUGCACGUCGUUUUCAAUAUCAUAAUAAUAUAAAUAAAGAUAUUGGUCUUGAAUAUUAUGAUAAACUUGUUUCAAAUUUACGUGAAUUAUGUAGUCAAAAUAAAGAUAAUGUUGUUCAUGCAGGAUCCUAUGGAAUAAGACAAAUAUAUUCAUGUGUAACUAAUGGACCUGCUAUGCAUAUAAUUGAAUAUUAA